UCGCUCACUUCACGCCAGUCUGCCGCGAACGAUGCGUUGGGCGGUCGUGUUUUACGUCUCGCCUGUUAUCGCCCUGAACUUCGAAAUUGUUUUACGAAAAUAUGUAAAGUUUCUAAACAUAAACUUGUGCAGAACUGCCGUGACUAACGCACUACGUAGUGCUUAAUAACCUAAGACCGAACUAAAUUAGUAGUUUUAAGUUUUUGAAACUUAAUAGGCUUACUCGUUUUACCUGCAUGCUUCGUCCCACGAGUCGUGCGAAGCGGUUACCUUUAUCGGAUAAACGAACAUUUUUCAAAUGGAUGUGCGUUUGUAUUCUGUGAUAGUGUGCGUGAUUAGUGUGAAUACAAGACAACUUCGUGUGUGCCUGUUUGCUCCUUGUGACAAGUUUUUACACCAGUGACGUGCUCAAAAUAGUAAUAAUAUUGAAUUGAGAAAAUGGUACGCGGGGUAAAGAGGGGCUUCCUUGCCGCGCUGUUGAUCGGCUCGCUUGCGGUGGCGUCGACGCAGUAUACGAAAGUCCGAGAUCACACAACACACCAUGUUACGAGGUUACGGCAUUCCAGACACCUGGAUGGGUAUUUUCCAUUACAUUCAUCCUUCACGCCGGCGACGUCACCCAAGCUAGCUGUGAAGGACAAUCACAAACCGCUGUUCACGGAGUGCCUUAAUUAUAGGCCAACGUUGAAAGAAGAACAGCCAGUAGGAACCUAUGUAUUUACGGUACAUGCAGAAGAUCGAGAUCCACCCGAUAUGGGUGGAAAAGUCACAUACAAGUUUGUCUCAACUCCUGGUGAGAAAGAAAGAUUUCAUGUCGAUCCUGAAACUGGAAAUAUAACUACAGCUGAUAUUUUUGACCACGAUGAACCAUCUCGUGAAAAAGAAGCUUAUAUAACGGUACGAGCUAGUGACAAUGGACAACCUCAGCUAGAUGACGCGUGUACCAUCAAAAUUCUUAUAGAAGACAUCAAUGACAAUCAGCCGGUCUUCGACAAAGUUGUCUUCCGAGGAGAUGUUUGGAAGGAUCGUAAGCCGCCACUCAAGGCGUUAUUGUCAUAUUCGGAGUCAGUACCACAAGAUUUACCGAACGGCCGCGAGGUGAUGCGGAUAUCAGCUACUGACAUAGACGACGGAAACAACUCGAUUGUACAUUACAGUCUAGAUUCCAACUCGCCUGAUCAGCCAUAUUUCUACAUCGACCCAGACAACGGGGUCAUAUUCUUAAAUAAAACAAUUGACAAAGUCCCCGGCUACAAAUUUAAGUUGAGCGCGAUAGUAAAAGACAUGGGUGAUCCACCGCAACAAAGUUCGAUUACUUUAGACAUCCAAGUCGUUGAGUCGAACAAGAAAAGCCCGUCUUUUAUAGAAGUGCCCGAUGAGCCGAUAAGAUUAAAAGAAAAUUACGCUGAUUUCAACACACCAAUAGCUACAGUGAGGGCGAUAUCUAAUAUACCUGAAGAAAAGAAAUUACAGUUUGAAUUAGUGAUGGGACAAACAGAACAAACGAACAAAUGGCACACUUUCGUUUUGGAACCGGAAGCUGAUUCAGCCUAUAUUAAGCUUGGCAAUCAUUUGGAUUUUGAAAAAAUAACUGACUAUACUUUAACUGUUAGGAUACAGAAUAAUUACAAAUUAGCAGCUGAAACCAUAAUCCAAAUUGAAGUGGAAGACGUAAAUGACAAUAUUCCAAUAUUCAGUGAAAUUCGAUCUGGUAGUGUAUUAGAAAACGAACCACCAGGGACUCCUGUCAUGCAAGUCCGAGCAUUCGAUGCUGAUGGAACAUCAGCUAAUAACCAAGUUACUUAUGAACUAGGAGAUCCUUCAGACCCCUUUGCAAUAGAUAGCAUAACGGGAAACAUUACCACACUUAAGAUGUUCGACAGAGAAGAAAGGAGUUUUUACAACAUUAAGAUCAUAGCUACAGACAAUUCUGAGUCAGCACUUAUUCCUGGAAAACAUAACGCUGGACAACAAGUUUUUCUAAUAGAAAUCGCAGAUAAAAACGACAACCCGCCGCACUUCACGCAAGACACGUAUGUCGCCGAGUCGAUAGCCGAGAAUGCGAAUAUUAACGAGAUUGUCACACAAGUUACCGCUUUGGAUAUUGAUACAGCUUCUGUGGUAACAUACAGUAUUGUUGCUGGCAACACAUACGACGCAUUUGUCAUUCGUAAUUUUACCGGCGAAAUUCGAGUUAACAAUGAACUUGACUACGAAAACAUCACCAACUACAGUUUAGACGUCAGAGCAUUUGAUGGCCUUUACGAAGAUUACGCUAAAGUGUUGAUCAAGAUUGAAAACUUGAACGACAACCCGCCGAUCUUCUUGGCUAACUACACCAAAACCAUUGAAGAGGAAAAGUUGUACGAAGGAUGUAUUGUCAAGGUGGAAGCCUACGAUCCAGAUCUGGAUAGGAAUGAGCCUCAAAAUAUAAUUUAUUCGUUAGUCAAACACGAACAGAAGGAAUUCCUCCGGAUCGACAAUGAUGGUUGUCUUCGUCUUACGAAGCCUUUAGAUAGAGACCAGCCAUCCGGUUUCACAAGGUGGCAGAUUCUUAUCAUGGCUGCUGAUCACGGUGGAAGAUUAGGAUCAGAUAGCUUGAGGUCUACGACCGAAGUUAUUUUGGAAUUAACGGAUAUCAACGAUAACGCGCCAUUUUUAACCAAUACUCAACCAGUAAUAUGGUACGAAAACGACCCUCCAGGGCAGGUUGUGAUUCUCACGGCAAAAGACUACGAUUCGACUGAAAAUGGUCCACCUUUCACUUUCGCGCUCAACGAAUCCGUUAGCUUCGAUAUCCGAUCCAAAUUCCACAUACAAGGCAACAUACUUUCAACAAUCGUCUCCUUUGAUCGAGAACAACGCAAGGAGUACAAGAUACCAGUCGCAAUAACUGAUUCCGGUACUCCAAGAUUGACUGGCGUUUCGAUUCUCCACAUCGUCAUCGGUGAUAGGAAUGACAAUCCGAUGGGUCCUGGUCACAGCGAUAUAUUCGUAUACAAUUAUAAGACGGAAACGUACUUCAACGAAAUAUACAGCUGGCGAUAUUAUGGCGAAGCACCGGAUACAGAAAUAGGACGAGUCUUCGUUAACGAUCCUGAUGAUUGGGACCUACCAGAUAAGCGAUUUAUGUGGUUGCCUUCUUAUGAACAGAGGAGCCCCUACUUCGAUGUUCACAGUAACACUGGCAUGAUAACCAUGAAAGAGGGAACACCCAAUGGAACUUACGUGCUACGAUUCAAUGUGACAGAAGAAAACGAACCGCUCGUGCCCUUCCACUGGGUGGAGGCGACAGUGAACGUGACAAUAAAGGAGAUACCCGAGGAAGCGGUCGACAAAUCCGGAUCGAUCCGCUUCGUGAACGUCACCGCUGAAGAGUUUAUUAUUCCUGAAGCAGAUGGCACGAGUAAAAAGGACAAACUACAUCGUCGUCUAUCGGAACUUUAUAACAAGUCAAUGGAUAAUGUUGACGUUUUCACGGUAUUCAGCAAGUUGACUGUCAAGGACGCGUUCUUGGAUGUCCGGUUUUCAGUUCACGGGUCGCCGUACUUUGAAGCUGAGAAGCUAGAUAGUAUGGUUAUCGGGAUACAGGAAAAGCUGGAAGAGGAACUCCAAGCGAAAAUCUACAUGGUGAAGAUAGACGAGUGUCUAAUAGAAAAAGAACAAUGUGAAGACUCUUGUCGUAAUAUCCUGAUGAAGAACAAUGUCCCGCUCUCUGUGUACACGAACACAACCAGUUUCGUCGGUGUCUCCGCUAGAGUGGAGUCCGAGUGUACUUGUGACGUUGAAGAACCGCUCGUGUGCUUGAAUGGAGGUACCCCAUUCGCUGACAAAUGUGAGUGCCCAGAAGGCUGGAAUGGACCUCACUGUGAACAAACCAGCAUAGCUUUCCACGGCGACGGCUGGGCGAUGUACCCAGCUCCGCCAGCUUGUCACGAGGGCCACGUCACGCUCACCGUCACUUCGCACACGAGUAACAGUCUCAUAUUCUAUUUGGGACCGUUAAAAUUCAACCCACUUUUGGAUGUUCAAGACUUUAUGUCUUUGGAGUUGGUAGACGGUUUCCCAGUUUUGCUGGUAAAUUAUGGAUCAGGAACGACACGUCUCAACAACAGUGUUGUGCAUGUCGCUGACGGCAAACCCCAUCUAAUCGAAAUAGUCCUCAUGAGAAGUUCCAUAGAAAUGUUCGUAGACAGAUGCAAGUUGUCGACAUGUAUGAGUCUUGCAGCGCCGACGGGACCGAGGGAAAUACUCAACGUUAAUGGCCCGCUCCAGGUCGGCGGCGCUAGCGUGGAUUUGCAAGGUCUAGCACGGGCGUUCGGAUGGCGGCACGUUCCUACAAACCAGCACUUUUUGGGUUGCAUCAGCAAUUUUACGUAUAACGAUUUUAUGUACAAUUUGGGCAGGCCGUCCGUAGAACGCAAUGCCGAUCCCGGCUGUCAGAAGAGCGUAUUCACUGCCGUUACAUUUGGCAUCGACACUAACUUCCUCGUGGCUAUUUUAGUGUGCAUCGCCAUCUUGAUAAUUCUCCUCUUAGCUGUAGUCGUCCAUCGCAAGCGAGCUGACGCGUGGGCGGAGAAGGAACUAGACGACAUCAGAGAAAACAUCAUCGCGUAUGAGGACGAGGGCGGUGGCGAAGGGGACGCGGGCUACGACCUGCACGUGCUGCGGCAGAUGUACGACGGGCCGCCACCCGACACGGACGCCACGUUCAUGCAUGCUCCAGUGGUUGGAGCAGCACCAGACAUCUCCGGUUUCCUGGACGACAAGAAGUCGGUCCUUGACCGAGAUCCAGAUAUCAAUCCGUACGACGACGUGCGACAUUACGCGUACGAGGGAGACGGCGAUACUAGUGGAUCUCUUUCAUCGCUAGCUAGCUGUACCGACGAUGAAGAUCUCAAAUUCAACUACCUGUCGACGUUCGGGCCGCGGUUCCGCAAGCUGGCGGACAUGUACGGCGACUCGGACGACGAGCGCGCGCCGCACGAGGAGUCGUGGUGCUAGCGCCACGCCUGGCUCGUGUAGCCACCCGACUGCCGACCUCGCGCCGCCGGCAUAGGGGCGGAUCUGCCGCGACAGCUUGGCCAGACCAAGUAAGACCAAGCUAUGAGAUGCCUUAUUUCUAUUUCGUGUAUCGAGUGAAUGUUGCAUCGCGAACCCACCGGACUUUUAAAACUUCGAGCCUGUGAUAAUUACGCGAUGGUUUGUCGGACUUUUUUUUUAUUGUGGCGUUUUGUGGGCUUGUGUCCGCUCGGAUUGCCAAAUCGUUUGGAAAUACAUUAAAUGCUAUUAUAUCAACGGUAUUAUUAUUCUUUUUUUGUUUUUUUUUUCUUUGAAAAUUUUUGACGUUACGCUUCCGUUAUUCUCGGAUGUGUUCUUAUUUUCGGAUUUGGAAGUUGGAGGGUAGUAGCCGGCUUUAAUACAUAAUAUUCUCUUCAAUUUAGUAAAUGUUGCUGAGAGAACGCGAGUAAUUAAGAAUUGCGAUACUGUUCUUAAGAAUGUGUGUUUAUCCAAAAGUGUAAUUUGUAAAUUAUAUGUAAUUACAUAUUGGAAAGAAUUAAAAUGUUAAUGUUGUAAGAAAUGACUGAUUUGUAACAUUAUUUGGGCAUCGUUGUAGAUACGCCUAAAUUAUUUCUUGUAUGUAAUUUUAUAUAUAUUAAGCGUAAGAUCGAACUAUGUAUGAUUUUGUAACUUAAGGCUAGUUCACACUAUAUGUACCUAAUAUAGUUGUUUUUUUUUUAACAUUAUUUUUGUAUGAUUGUAAAUUAUUGUGACAAAACGCAUUGAGGUACUAAUUUCUUUAGUAUUAUUAUUGGCAGCAUUUAUGAGAGUUAGAACUAAAGUUUUUAAUGUAUUUUUUAAAGUUAAGUGCCAUCAUGUUGAUUAUGUAAUUUUAAGUUUUCGUAUCCAAAAGAUCCUCUUUGAACUCUAGUCACUUUGGCUUGAAUCUUUAAGAAAAAAGUCCAAGAAUUAAAGAAACUUAUAGUCGCUAAAGUGAAUAGAUGAUCUUCGAUCCCACACCCCGAAAUUGUAAUUUCCGUUCGAUUCGUGUUAUCGUUAAGUAAUAUUAAGUUUUUUUACAAUUUUUUUUUUAAUAUUUACUCAUGCAAACAAAAAUUGUUAUUUAUAUAUAAAGCUCAUUUUGUAAAGCGUCCAUUUCUAAAAAAAAUGUAGUUUAAAUAAAGAACGAAAUAAAAAAAACAAACACUCGUUUUAUAGUUAAAUUAGUUCUUUAAUAAAUAUUCAAAUACAUAAUUAUAUCUUAAGAGAAUUUAAUUUAUCGUUUACAGGAAGGAAACUAUCUAUCUAAUUUAAGGCAGAAAACCGUUAUUUUGCAUAGCUAUUUUUUCAUGUUCGAAGUUUAAAAAAAAUAUUAAUUUCGUCACGAGUUCCGUAUAAACUAGGCCUAAAUGUAAAUAUGUAAAUUAUAUCGAUUACAUAAUUUACAAUUAAUCUUAUGUCAUAUGUUUAAGUAACUUUUAUAUGCUAAACUAAUACAAGGUGUCUUAUAAUUAUGCAUAUCAACGAAUUGUAAGGAAUACUUCGUUUUAUUUCAUCUGUCUAACGUAAAAUACUGAUAUAUAUAUUAUUACAUAAUAUAAUCGUAUAAUAUAUCAAUAAACAUCGCAUCUUGCCUUUAAGUAAUUUUGUAAAGGAUCACAUAUUUAAAAGUAUACCGAAAGUCUGUAAUUAAUUUAUUGCCAUAUGUCGAGUCAUCAU